AUGCUUGCGCUUGUGUUUGUCUUUGUGCUGAUGGACGUCCUUGGCUUUGCACUCGUUCUUCCGUUGCUGCCGUACCUGGUGUCCGAGCUUGCGGCGCCCCCGUCGCUGGUGGGCACACUGCUGACGGCCAACGCGGCGGCUCAGCUGGUGGGUGCGCCUCUGCUGGGCUCGAUGUCAGAUACCAUUGGUCGCCGGCCGGUCCUCAUCUUUGCCGCCUGCUGGACGUGUAUCUCGUUUGCCCUGCUCGCGGUGAGCUCCUCGCUUGCCAUGGCUCUCGUCUCACGGGUGCUGGACGGUCUGCUCGGCGGCGAUGUCUCGCUAGCUCUGGCGUACGUCUCGGACAUCACGACCGAGGAGAACCGGGCGCGUGGCCUCGGCGCGGUUGGUGCCGCCUUUGGCCUUGCUUUUAUCCUCGGCCCGGUCAUCGGCGGCGUGCUUGUCUCGUACUCGCUGAUGGCGCCGGCGCUGCUGGCGUCGGCCAUUGCUGCGGCCAACGCUCUCGGGCUCUACUUUUGGCUCCCCGAGUCGCUGGCGAAGAAGCCUGCUGCUGACGAGAGCGCGACAGGUGGGCUGGCGAACAUCUCGCGAUGGGAUCCGCUGGCAUUGCUGCGCGGUGCGCUGGCGGAGACCGGUCUUGCGCCGCUGCUGAUCCUCCGCACGGGGUACUCGUUCAUGUUUAUUGCGUGGGAGGCCAUGUUUGCCACCCACUACAAGUCGGUCUACGAGCUCCCAGCGCGGACCGUCUCGUGCAUCUUGGGUCUCGUGGCGCUCAUGUACGCUGCUGUACAGGGCGGGGCCAUUGCGGCGCUGACGAAGCGGACGCGGCCCGAAUUGCUUGUGACCGUCAGCCUGGCGGCGAUGGGCGCGGCUCUUGGCCUAUGGCUUGCACCGCUGCCGCUGGCGAUAUCGCUUGGCGCCAUGGCGAUCUUUGGCCUCGCCUCGGGCGUUGCCAACACUCUGCUCAACGCGCUCAUCUCGGUCCAGGUCCCGCGGCACCGGUUCGGUUCGGCGCUCACGCUCUCGUCGGCGCUCGGCUCGCUGGUCCGGGUUCUUGCUCCCUCGGUUGUUGCGCUCUCGUUCCAGCUCACCGGCUCACACCUGGCGGCCAUAGGCCUUUGCGCGGCCAUCGGCCUCGCCGCGUCUGCCUACGCCCGCUCGGUCUUUGCGCCGGCCAAGCCGCAUGUUGAUUAA